UGGAGCCGUGGUGUGUGGCGGGCGGAUGCAGGAGCAGAGAGCUGCUGGGGAGAGGAAGACUCAGAGGACGUGGUGGGACAUGGCUGGGACGAUGCAGUUCCUGGCUUGGCUAAUAGUAACCAUUUGCCUUCUCCCUGGGGUGACUACAACCCAGCACCGUCCAGGGCAGCCCGUGGACAGCGCCAGCGUGGGAGGUGGCCUGCAGGAGCCAGAGGCCCCGGAAGUGAUGUUUGAGCUGCUCUGGGCUGGUCUGGAGCUGGAUGUCGUGGGGCAGCUGCAUAUCCAGGACGAGGAACUGGCAUCCACACGCCCAGGCCGCCGACUCAGGCUCCUCCUGCAGCAACAUGUGCCCAGUGACUUGGAGGGUGCUAAGCAGCGGCUGCAGCAGUUCCAGGACCUGCGGAAAGGGCCUCCUCUUAGCCCUUGGGACUUUGAACAUCUGCUCCUCACAGGCCUGUCCUGUGUCUACCGGCUCCAUGAGGCUAGUGAGGCCGAGGAGAGGGGUCGCUGGGCCCAGGUCUUCGCCCUGCUGGCACAGGAAAUACUCUGGGACCUGUGCAAGGGCUUCUGCCCCAGGCAGCCCCCAUCUUUGGGGCCCUGGGCCUUGAUCCUUGACCCUUUUUCCUGACUCUCCCCUUUCACCUGCCAACCAACCACUGCCCCCCAACUCGUGGCCCAAGCCAGACCCAUCCUGGGCAGUGGCUUCCAUCUGGCACGUGGUCCUUCCCACUGGAAGUAGAAGCUUGGAUUGUACCCUGAACCCAGU